AAGGGGGAAAGUGGGCUUGUUGGUUAGUGUGAGCCUCAGUCCAGAGAGGUUUUAACAACAUGGUCCACGAACACCAGGAAUGAGACUGGCCGUAAUUACCACCCUUUUUCUGAUGUCGUUGGACGCAAACAUGAAAAAUGGCUCUCCUGAGAAAAAUUAACCGCUUCCUCCUGGUGCUGCUGGUGCUGAUGGUGUGUCUCCUGCUGCACAGUAUACUGCUCAGAGCCUCCACUCGGCCCAGACUCUCAGAUCACUGGAAGCGCCUCGGAUCUGCAGCGCGAGUUCCCACAGUGAGAGUGUCAGAGGCGGAUAAUGUCAUCCCUGUCAUCAUAUGUGCAUCGGAGGAGCGUACUGGCGCAACCAUGGCAACCAUCAACAGCGUCUAUAGCAACACAGACGCCAACGUGUUCUUCUAUAUUGUCACUCUUCGUGAUGCCGUGAAACUGACGAGGCAAUACAUCAUGAGGACUAAACUGAAAGGCAUCAAAUAUAAGAUAUUGGAAUUCAACCCCAUGGUUCUAAAAGGAAAGGUGAAGCCAGAUUCCUCUCGACCCGAUCUGUUACAUCCACUCAACUUUGUGCGUUUUUACCUACCUCUGCUUGACAUCAAUCAUAGGAGGGUGAUAUACUUAGACGAUGAUGUCAUUGUGCAGGGCGACAUCAAGGAUCUGUUUAAUAUCAAACUGAAGCCAGGUCAUGCUGCUGCCUUCUCCACUGACUGCGACCUGCCCUCCACACAUGAGAUGGUGCGCAGCAUCGGCAUGCAGACAACCUACAUGGGCUUCCUGGACUAUAGGAAAGAGACAAUUAGAGACCUGGGCAUCAACCCAACAGAUUGCUCAUUCAACCCUGGAGUGUUUGUGGCAGAUGUCAGCGAAUGGAAGAAACAGAAGAUCACUAAACAGCUGGAGAAAUGGAUGGAGGAGAAUUUCAGGCAGAACAUAUACAGCAGUGCCAUGGCUGGAGGCGUGGCGGCCCCGCCCAUGCUAAUAGUAUUUCAUGACAAAUACACAACACUGGACCCAAUGUGGCACGUCAGACACCUGGGCUGGAGUCCAGAUGCCCGCUAUUCAGAGAGCUUCCUACAGGAGGCGCACCUGCUGCACUGGAAUGGUCCAUUUAAACCAUGGAAUUACCCUGCUGUUCACUUGGAUCUGUGGGAGAAGUGGUUCAUCCCAGACCCCUCCGGAAGGUUCUCCUUGGUGCGGCCUGAGAGCAAAGGCUGAGGUCUGUGGAACGUAUGUCUGAGCCACAGACGGACAUGGAGCAUGUGCAGGUCAGGGCUGCGGUGGAAUAGUA